AUGCCUGUGCUGAUCAACCUCAUCGACAGUAGUGACGAAAGCGAUGAGGAUGAGGGCGCUGCGGCAAGCAGUAGCAGCAGGAUGGAGAGCGCCGGCUUGAUGAGGCUCGUCGCGGCCAGCGCGCGGCCCGAUGCCGAGGGGCGUGGCGCCGCUGGCCAGCACGGUCGGCGGGACGAGCCUGGAGGAGGCGGCAGGGAGGCGAGGCUCGGCAGGGACGCGCGGCGGCCUGUCGCUGACGCCAUCCUCUUCCUCCCCAAGCUGCCUGACUCGGUGGACAGGGACGCGCUGCGGCGCCUCUUCUCGGCGUUUGGGACGGUCGUGGACGUCAGCCGCUCGCGCCGGAGCGGCACAGUCUGCUUCCAGACCGGCGCAGAGGCGAAGAGGGCACUCGCGGCGGUGAGUGCUGCGACGCCGUCGCCAGAGGCGGCUGCCGCUGAGCCGCUGCCCCUGUGUGUCGACGACUCCUCUGUCGCCCGCGUGACGCAGGCCGGCGAGCUGUCUCGCCUCCGCGUCGAGUUCGCUCUCAUCGACAAGCUCCCCAAGGGGAUGCGGGGCAAGGAGGUGGUCAAGGAGUUGAGCGCCAUCCUCCGGGAAAAGGGGCUCGCGAUGUCAGAGCCGGCGGUUGUGGAGCUGCGCCGCCUCGAGGCGGCCCUGCUCGACGAGGUCGGCCCGGCCCGCUCGUCCCGGUGGCGGGCGGUCCUCCAGCGCUCGGGCGGGCUUCAGGCGCUGCUCCGCGGCAGAAGCUCAACCUUCCUACUGACGCGCGUCGGGUCCGGGCCAAGCGCUCCCGCCGGAGUGCAGCUGCGGGCUCAGCCGGCGGGCAAGCGGCCGAGAGAGGACGGCGAGCUGCCGGCGCCCUCCAAGCGACCGGGGCCUCCGGGCUCGCUUCCCUCGCCCAGCGGCGGCGGCGCGGGAGGCUCAAAGGCCGCCGCAGCGCAGCGGUGGGACGAGCGGGGCGCGGCGCGACGCAUCAGCGGCGAGGCUGGAGAGGGGGUUGCCAGCGGCGCGAGCGGAAGAAGCGGCGGGAGAGGCGAUGCGGGCGGCGGCGGCGGCGGCGGCGGCAGCAGCAGAGACAGAGGCAGCAGCGUCGCGGGCGGCAGCAACGGCGGUUGUGGCGGCGGCGGCUGCGGCGGCAGCAGCAGCAGCGGUGGCAGGGUGGGCGGGGUGGGCAGCGGUAGCAGCGGCAGCGGUGGUGGCGGCAGCGGCAGCGGCAGCGGCGGCGGCGGCGGCGGCAGCGGCGGCAGCGUGCAAUGCAACGGUGUCGGCGGGCGAGCGCGUGGCGAGUCGCUUCCUCCGGCCCGCCGUCCAAGCUCCACCCGGCUGUGUGUGAGCGAGGGGUCGCGCGAGCACCUCGCGACUCUCGUGCUGCGCGAGCUGUGCAAGGUGGGACCCUCGGGCAGCCGCGACGCCGCGGAGGGCGGCACGGACUCGCCGCCCCCGACCGAGUUCGGCGGCGACCUCGAGCAUGGC